CUUCUUGUUCCUUCUCUUCUCCUCUCUAGCAGCCUGAGAAAAUUGUUCUCCAGGCCCGAGAACAUGCAUGCCUGAAUGUCCACCGAAAGGGAGAGGUUAGAGGAGAUAGGGAAGAAGAUAAAGAGAGAAGCAGAUGUUUCAUUUGGUCAUCAGAUGGGAAGAAGACACAUACUGGGACCUCCAGGAACCCUAAAUAAUAUUACACCAUGUGCUGCCUGCAAACUCUUGAGGCGUAGAUGUGCUGAAGAAUGUCCAUUUUCUCCAUAUUUCUCCCCACAUGAACCCCACAAGUUUGCUUCUGUUCACAAAGUCUUUGGUGCUAGCAAUGUCUCCAAGAUGCUAAUGGAAGUACCGGAGAGCCAAAGAGCCGACGCCGCGAGCAGCCUUGUUUACGAGGCGAACGUGAGGCUAAGAGACCCUGUUUACGGCUGCAUGGGUGCAAUCGCAGCUCUGCAGCAGCAAGUCCAUUCUUUACAAGCCGAAAUCAAUGCAGUGAGGACCGAGAUAAUACAAUACAAGUGUCGGGAAUCUUCCCAUUUAGCCUUGCUUUCUUCUGGGGCUGUUACAAUUGCUGCACCACCAACACCACCACCACCACCACCACCGUCGGCUCCAUCACUUCCUCCUCCUCCUUCUUCCAUGUUACCUACUACAGCUGCAGACUAUAGUAUAAUAUCAAAUGAAAAUGUUACCUAUACUUUGGAUAACAAGUAUUACCUAGACAACUGAAAUUAAAAAAAUAUACCCAUAUUUAUUUUUCUUUGUCAUGAAGCAAAUGGAA